AUGAUACGCAGCCUUCGUUUAUCAGCAACUCUUUUGAGCAGAUCUAAAUUGGCGUAUUCGACAUCCUCGACAUCCGCGACGACUUUGACAUUCUUCACGAGGCAAGGCUGCAAAUUGUGUUCAGAUGCCAAGGACGUAUUGGACAAUUCUUUGCAAAAAUCAUCAUCGCUACUAUCACCAAACUUCAGGUUAGACUUGCGCAUCAUCGACAUUGAUGAACCCGCCAAUCAAGAGUGGUUCGACAAGUACUGCUACGACGUACCCGUCCUCCACGUUGAGGCAUCGGAUCAGAAAUUGAAAAAGUUCAUGCACUAUUUGAACGAAGACGAGUUGAUCCAGGUAUUCAAAACCAGUGCGCUGGAACAAGACCGAGAUAAUUUGGUAUCGAGAUGA